CUGCGGGACUCCUCCCCUAAUGCAGACCGAGCAGAUCGCUCUUCCUGCGGUGUGACAGCAGCAGCAGCGGCACUGGCGCAUUGUGUGUCUUUAAUAUUCAUUUGAUUCUUUUCUUCUCACGUUGAGUUAUUAAUACAACCUCAUCUGAUUUCCCUCCCUCUGAACGGACUGCGGGACGGAGCGGGCUUCUCUAAAAUGGCCAACAGAGAUGAUGAAUACGAUUUCUUGUUCAAAGUUGUUCUCAUCGGAGAUUCGGGCGUCGGGAAGAGUAACCUGCUGUCGCGCUUCACACGGAACGAGUUUAAUCUGGAAAGCAAGAGCACAAUAGGAGUGGAGUUCGCCACCAGGAGCAUCCAGGUGGACGGCAAGACGAUAAAAGCGCAGAUCUGGGAUACGGCAGGGCAGGAGCGAUACAGGGCCAUCACCUCUGCAUAUUAUCGCGGCGCGGUCGGUGCGCUGCUGGUGUACGACAUCGCCAAGCAUCUGACCUAUGAGAACGUGGAGCGCUGGCUGAAAGAGCUGCGAGAUCACGCUGACAACAACAUCGUCAUCAUGCUGGUGGGGAAUAAGAGCGACCUGCGCCACCUGAGAGCCGUUCCCACCGACGAGGCGCGUGCUUUCGCAGAGAAAAAUAACCUGUCAUUCAUCGAGACGUCCGCUCUGGAUUCGACUAACGUGGAGGAGGCCUUCAAGAACAUCCUAACAGAAAUCUAUCGCAUCGUAUCACAGAAGCAAAUCGCCGACCGAUCGGCUCACGACGAGUCGCCGGGAAACAACGUGGUGGACAUCAGCGUCCCACCAACUACAGACGGCCAGAAGGGCAACAAACUGCAGUGCUGCCAAAACCUGUAACCACGACAACCAGCCCUCACCUGUCACUCAUCCGUCUCCCUCUACAUGUCGUGCGCUAACGUUCUCAAUUUGAUUUGUGUAAUAUAUAUAUAUUUUUCUUUUUGAUAGCUUGUCCACUCACAUACACACAUAAUGACUGCCAUGAGUAAACUUUUACAGUAUCAGACUGUGCUCUGGUUUUAUUGGCUGCUAGACUGUGGUUGAAAUAUGAAAAUCAGGUUUAUCAAUGCAAGUAAAUAGUCCACUAUCAUAGAGAAACAUAGACAUAAAACACUUGACCUUGGAUGUUUUUUCCUUCAGAUGUCCUCUGCUACCAUCAGGUCCAUCUCAAGAUCAUGUGAAGGUCAUAUUUCAUUCCAAAAUCAAAAUAAAUUUUAAUUAUAUAAUUAAUGAUAUUAAUAUUAUUAGUAGUAAUUCAUAAUAAUUAAUAAUUUUAAUAUUUUUCUCCUCAAAUUAUAUAUAUAUAUAUAUAUAUAUAUAUAAUUACUGUAAUUUGAUUCUAUGGGAAAUUCAUGAAAUGUCACAAAAAUUAAUUUUACUAUAUUAUGAAAUACUCUGUUUAGUAAUAAGAUUAAUAAUAUUAAUUUUUAAUUCCUUCAAAGUUUUAUUACAAUAAUGCAAAAUUAUAUAUUUAAUUUUAUGAUUUUCUUUUGCUAUAAUAUAUUACUGUCAUUUGAAUCCCAGAAAAAUGUAUGAAAAUGUCAUAAAAAUUACCUUUUAGUAUAUUAUUAUAUGUAAUAUAAUUUCAGAAUUUUGCUUUAAUCUUACAUUUCUAAAUAUUUUUAAUUAAUAAUAAAAUUAAUAAUAACAUAUUUUUUUAUAUAUUUCCCCCUAUAUAUAUAUAUAUAUAUAUAAUGAAAUACUCAAUUUAAUAAUAAAAUUAAUAAUAUUAAUAACAGAAUUGAAUUUUUGAAAAUUCCCCCAAAUUUUUAUAACAAUAAUGCAAAAUUAUAUAUAUAAUUUUAUUAUUUUUCUUUGUUGAAAUAUAUUACUGUAAUUUGAAUCCCAGGGAAAUUUAUGAAAAUGUCAUACAAAUUACUUUUUAGUAUAUUAUGUAAUAUAAUUUUAUGAUUUUGCUGUAAUCUUACAUUUCUAAAUAUUUUUCUGCACUAAUUUUAUGUCAGGUUCCCUCAAAAUCCAAUUGUGGAAACACACACACACACACACACACACAUUACAUUUUUUUGCUUUUUUUAUUUUUACAUUGAUUUCUACAGUAUUUUCAUGACAUUUUAAUGAAUUUCCUUCAUUUAAAUUACAGUAAUGCAGUAAUAUGUGUGUUUUAUGGAUGAAAUAUUGUAUAACCUCACGUUUUCUUGAGACUUACCUUAAUAUUCUUCAGCAAAGUUGUGAAAUUAAUCUACUUUACAGACAGUACUAGUUGUAAGCGUUAAAUCGUGGUAAAGCUGCUAGUUGAGUCUGUUAUCUGAGCUUUCUAUUCCUGUCUGUGUAACACUAUGGGAGGAGGAAGUAAUAUUUACAGCAAACAGGAAGUCCGGCCUUCACAAACACAUCUGUGGCUGGAUUCUGGUACAUCAAAUAACAAACAUAAUGUGGAAACAAACUAACAGAUCAGCAAACAACACAAUACCAGUCAAGAGCUCAUCUGUUACAGCACUAUUUAUUUGAUUUUAUAUGCAUAUAGUUCUUUUGGGGGUUUUUUUGUAUGCAUUGUUUUUUUUUAAUAUGUGUAGGUUCAUUUGUCCAACACACCUCAAUGUCUAAAUGAAGUCUCAUGAACGCUGGUCUGGAGGUUCGCUGUGAACACACACAAAUACACAUACAAACACACAACUAUUUGUAAUUAUCAACAUUUUCAAAUGAAAAAUAAAAUGAUGCUUAAAUUGUGAA